GGCAAUUGGAGAAACAGAAUCUAAAUUGUACAUUUUAUUUUGAUUCGGGCAUCAGAGCAAAAUUGUUGUAAUUCCCCAGGGACGAGGACAUCUAGGGCAGGAUGGUGCGCGUAAUCGAGGAUAUGUUUGGCAUCGCCGUCAACCCGAUGAUGCAGAAAACGGAUCGGAUUCGCCGGUUCACCCUGAUCACGGAGCGCGGCAUGUCCGUGUCAAUAAUUACACUGGGAGCCUCCAUUCAAUCGAUAAAGGUUCCGGACUUCAACGGCAAGUUGGAAGACGUGGUGCUCGGCUAUGAUGAUGUGGCCGGUUACUACCGGAAUAAUGGCAACUAUUUUGGCGCCACCAUUGGCCGGGUGGCCAACAAGGUGGCCUGUGGACGUUUCAAGCUAUGCGGCAAAGAUAUCAAUGUCAGUCGAAAUGUGCGAGAUCGCUACCAUCAGCACGGCGGCUUUAUUGGCUUCGAUGCCGUUAUCUGGGACGUGGUAGGUGUUCACAAGGACGGUAUAACCCUGCAGCACAUCUCCCCGGAUGGGCACGAAGGCUAUCCGGGUGAGCUGACUACCAACAUAAACUUCUCGUUGAACGAGACCGGUUGUUUUGGUAUGAGGAUCGAGGCACGGACCAAGGCCACCACCACGGUGAAUUUGACGAACCACACCUACUUCAACCUGGCGGGACACGGAGCAGGAAAGGAGGCCCUCUACCAGCACAUGCUGAUGAUCAAGGCCCAGAAGAUCGUUGACGUAGACCACGAUCUUCUGCCCACUGGCAAGCUGAUGCGGGUGCGCAGCACUCCCUACGACUUCUCCAGCUUGGUGAAUCUCGGCAAGCGACUUAAUCAGGUGGCCACUUGUCCACUAAGCGGCUUCGACAACAACUUCUGUGUAGACUGCUCGCCCAACCGGGUGCAACUGGUUGCCCGUGUAGUGCACCCGUGCAGCGGAAGGUUUAUGGAAGUUCACACCAACCAGCCGGGUUUGCAGUUCAUGACAGCCAACGACCUCCCAGAUGAGAGCUGCGGCGGCGCACCUAACACGGGAAAAGGCGGAGCUAGUUAUGUCCGUCACGGAGCCUUCUCGCUGCAGACGCAAAAAUAUCCAGACGCCGUUAACCAUUGUGACUUUCCAACAAUCGUCCUCAACCCGGGACAGUUGUAUGAUCACCAGGUGGUUUACCGUUUCGGUUCCUGUCCCAAGAGGGUCUGAGAUGGCGAGGCACACGACUCGAAUUUCCCAGUCGAACAUUUAAAUCAUUUCAAGAAAUCGCUUUAG